CAUUAUUGCUUUAUCUUUGAAAAGUUAACUUCAAUUCCUUUCGAUGGAGUUCACAUCUGCUUCUUCUUCAUCUUCAUCAUCAUCAUCUUCAUCCUUCCUAAAAUCAGAACCCCAUUUCAUAUACGACGUGUUCAUCAACCAUUCGGGAGAAAACAUCAGUAGAAAGUUUGUUUCUCAUCUCCAUUCUGCCUUUUUAGAAGCUCAAGUCAAAACUUUGAUUAACGAGGAGAAUUUGCAAGAGGGAAUGAAGCUGGAAGAACACAUGCGAGCAAUAGCAGGCUGUAAGAUUGCAAUAAUUGUUUUCUCCAAAACGUACGCUGAAUCGACCAACUGUCUUCUUGAGCUUGAAAAAAUCAUUGCAUGCCACCAAACUUUUGGCCAAACUAUUUUGCCCAUAUUUUACGAGAUUGACCCAUUGGAUGUACGUGAUCAGAAGGAUGAUUUUGGAAAAUCGUUGGAAGAAACUGCACACAAAAGUUAUUCAGGAGAACAAGUGGAACAUGCUUUGUCCAGCUGGACCCGUUCGCUCACAACAGUUGCUAGUAUCACUGGUUUGGAUGUCAGAGAUUUCAGGCAUGAUGCUCAACUUGUGGAAAUAACCGUUAGACGCGUUAAGACAUUGUUGGACUAUGCAGAGUUGUCUACUACCCUAUUUCCUGUUGGAUUAGAGUCACACGUGGAAAAGGUGAUUGGAUGUAUUGAAAAACAUUCCACUAAAUUGUGUAUGAUUGGGAUAUGGGGAAUGGGAGGAUCGGGUAAAACUACCUUAGCCAAAGCCAUCUACAAUCGAAUUUAUCGUACAUUCAUUGGCAAGAGUUUUAGUGAAAAUAUUAGAGAAGCUUGUUCUAGAGUAAACAGAAGCUACGUUCAUUUGCAAGAAAAUCUUCUUUAUGAUGUCCUAAAAUCCAAGUUGGAGGUGGAAAGCGUUGGGAUGGGAAGAACUAUGAUCCAGAAUAGACUUUCUCGAAAAAAGUUGCUCAUUGUGGUUGAUGAUGUGAAUGAGUUUGGGCAAUUAGAAAACCUAUGCCUGAAUCGUGAAUGGUUCGGUCGAGGAACUGUGAUAAUCAUCACAACCAGAGAUGUUCACCUACUGAAUCGACUUAAAGUUAAUUAUAUUUACAAAAUGGAAGGUAUGAACGAAAAUGAUUCCCUUGAGCUUUUGAGUUGGCAUGCCUUUGUAGCAGCAAAACCAAGAAAAGAAUUGAAUGAACUUGCAAGAAACGUAGUAGCUUAUUGUGGAGGACUUCCACUAGCUCUUAAGGUCCUUGGUUCCUUUUUAUGUGGUAGGAGAAAAAAAGAGUGGGAAAGCAUACCGUCAAAACUAAACCUAAUUCCCAUUGAUCAAUUUCAAGAGAAAUUGAAAAUAAGUUUUGACGGCUUAUAUAAUGAAAUGGAAAAGGAUAUAUUUCUUGAUGUAUGUUGCUUCUUUAUUGGUAAAGAGAGAGGCUAUGUUACAGAAAUUCUAAAUGCCUGUGGACUACGUGCUGAUAUGGGAAUAAAAGUUCUCAUAGAGCGGGCUCUUAUAAGAGUUAAACGGAACAACAAACUUGAAAUGCAUCCUUUGAUACGAGACAUGGGAAGAGAAAUCAUUCGUCAAAGAAGCCCAACAGAACUCGGGGGAAGGAGUCGAUUAUGGUUUCAUGAAGAUCUAAAAGAUAUACUUGAAAAAAAUACUGGGACAAAAGCUAUCGAAGGAUUGUCCUUGAAACUGCCUUCAAUCAGCCAAGAUUUCUUCGAAUGUCAUGCUUUUAAGGAAAUGAAGAGAUUAAGGAUAUUAGAACUGGAUCAUGUACGACUUACUGGAAAUUAUAGGUACCUUUCUAAACAACUGAGAUGGAUUUGUUGGAAAGGGUUUCCUUCUAAAUACAUUCCAAACAACUUUUACAUGAAAAAUGUAAUUGCAAUUGAUUUCAAACAUAGUCAUCUUCAACCCGUCUGGCAACAACCCAAGGUUUUAAAGUGGUUAAAAUUCCUUAAUCUUAGUCACUCCAAAUACUUGAGAGAAACACCUGACUUUUCAACACUACCAAGUCUUCAACGGCUAAUUCUUAAAGAUUGUCCAAGUUUGUGCAAGGUUCAUCCAUCCAUUGGAGAUCUCUAUAAUAUUCAACUGAUAAAUUUGAAGGACUGCACAAGUCUAAGUAGUCUCCCCAGAGAGAUAUAUAAGUUGAAAUCUUUAACAACUUUCAUCCUCUCUGGUUGUUUCAAGAUUCACAUAUUAGAAGAAGAUAUACUGCAGAUGGAAUCCUUGAUAACUCUGGUUACUGAAAAUAUAACUGUGAAACAAGUGCCCUGUUCAAUUGUAAACUCAAAAAGCAUUGGAUAUAUAUCCCUGCGUGGAUUUGAAGGAUUUCCACCUAAUAUUUUUCCCUCAAUCAUUCGAUCUUGGAUGUCAUCAACAAUGAAUCACCAAUCUUAUUUUAGUCCGUUUUGCAUGGAUACGCAUAAUUGGCGUGACUUUGCACCAUUGUGUAGCAGCCUUGCAAAUAUUCGAAGUGUUUUGCUUCAAUGUGACACAAUGUUUCAACUAUCCGAGCAAGUCAAAAAAAUUGUUGUCGAAUACAGUGUAAAUUUUACAGAGCCAAGAAUUUCAAAUCAUCAAUUGAGGUUUUCUUUGAUUGCUGUUCGAAGAUACAAUCAAUUUCUCAACUCUCUUAGAGAUAGCAUUUCUGAGGGAUUGGAAAGCAGUGAGUCUUGUGAUGUUUGUCUUCCACAUGACAACCAUCCUAACUGGUUAGCCUAUAUGGGUGAGGGACAUUCUGUUUCUUUCACUGUGCCCGAAGAUGAUGACUUAAAGGGAAUGGUUUUGUGUGUUGUUUAUUUAUCAGCCCCUGAAAUCAUGGCAAAUGAAUGUCUUCAAAGUGUCUUGGUUGUUAAUUACACAAAAUGCACAUUGCAGAUACACAAUCAUGGCACAAUAAUUUCCUUUAACGAUAAAGAUUGGGAGGGUAUAAUAUCAAAUUUAGGAUCAGGAGAUAAGGUGGAGUUUUUUGUGAGCUUUGGUCAUGGAUUGGUGGUCAAGAACACAGCUAUCUAUCUUAAUAUAUGGUGAACCAACAAAGGCUUGGAAAUGGGACCUUGCACUGACCCAAAGGAAAAUGCUUUGAAUAAAUUCAUUAAGUAAAUGGUAAUGUGUAUGGAACAAAUUCUGUGAGUUAUUGUUCUUAUUGUUCUUGUU